CGCUCUACUUGUCGUCAACAAAAAUGGUGAUUUUCUCUGUCUGAAAACACUUUCUCUCUCUUGAAUCUACUUUUCUCUCUCAAAAAGUAGAUUUUGACAAAGAGAGUAGUAUACGACGGGAAGAGAGACAAUGGGAGAUACAUCAAAUCCACAAGCAGCACUUGGAGUCUACUAAAAGUAAAGACUUUGGAGUGGGAAGAGCAGAGAUAAAAAACCAAAAAUCAAUCGCCGCGGCCAUUGUUAGGGUUUUUAAAAAGCUCCGAACUUUGCAUUGAAAGAAUAACAAAAGCGUUGAACUUUUUUUGUAUUGAAGAUAGAUUGCUUGACAUAGACUACAGCAGAUAAAGAGUCUCAGCAUUUAUUGAUAGUGACUCCUCGAAUUUGAAUCCGAAAGAGACCCCAAAGAUCUCAUCUUUUGUUUCCUUCCUUCCUUAUACCCACAGGGGGGAGAGAAGAUGAGACCAGCUGCUGCUAUACCUCUUGACUAUGCUGUCUUCCAACUCUCUCCAAAGCGCUCAAGAUGUGAAUUGUUUGUCUCUACUGCGGGGAACACUGAGAAGCUUGCUUCUGGUUUGGUCAAACCUUUUUUUGCUCAUUUGAAAGUCGCUGAAGAGCAGGUCGCCAGGGAAGCUCGGUCUAUAAGGCUACAAGUUCAAAGCUGCGAGAAUGCUGCAACUUGGUUUACUAAAGGGACACUCGAGAGGUUUGUACGCUUUGUUAGUACCCCAGAGGUUCUGGAAUUGGUUAGCGCUUUGGAUGAGGAAAUGUCUCAGUUAGAGGCUGCCAGAAAAAUAUAUGGCGAGGGGACUGGUGAUCAGCGAUCUGGUGCAAAAGAUGGCACAGAAACUACAACAGCAGCUGAUGUGACAAAGAAAGAGCUACUUAGAGCUAUUGAUUUAAGGCUUGCAGCAGUUAAACAAGACUUGGCAACUGCUUGUAAUCGUGCAUCUGCUGCUGGUUUCAACCCAGUCACUGUCCCCGAGCUUAGUCAAUUUGCUGAUCGAUUUGGGGCCAAUCGCUUGAAUGAAGCAUGCGCCAAGUUUAUUGCACUUUGCCAGAGAAGGCCAGAGCUUAUGAGCUCUUGGAGGUUCAAUCAGGAAGAAGAAGCUAUACGUUCGUCUUGGGAAUCUGAUAUGUCAAUUGAUGAUCCCGGUGAAGUCCCAUCCAAAAACCUCGCAACUGAUAGAACCCAACAACAUAGAGAACAUCGAACUGAUAUGCAACAGCAAAGUGCAACAGGAAGCAGUUACUCCCAACAAGAAGCAAAGGUGGUGAUGCCACAAAGUAGCCAUGAUGAAAAGGUUGAAGAAGAGGAAAAAAGCCCUGUGCCGAAUGAGCCGUUAGCAAGUCAGACUAAGCAACUCACGAGACGGCUCAGUGUGCAGGAGAGGAUCAACCUGUUUGAAAACAAGCAGAAAGAGAACUCCGGAGGGAAAACAGCUGUGGUGAAAUCCACUGAGCUGAAAAGGCUCUCUUCUGAUCUAUCAUCUUCUGUACGAAGAUGGAGUGGGGCUAGUGACAUGAGCAUUGAUUUGGGGAAUGAUAGGAAGGAUGGUACUGGUGAUAGUCCAUUGUGCACUCCUCCUCCGGCAUCAUCAGUGUCCAAAGACGGAAGUGGUAUGUCUUCAAAACAAUCUGUCGGCUUCAAGCAGACUGGAUUGAGUCAUGUUGAGAAUCCUAACAGGAAUGAGGACGAAUGUAGUUCCAGCAAUCUUGCUGACUGGGGAACUGACAAAGCAGAGCCCCAGAAAGACAAGGAGGUAGACUUGAAGAUGCCAUUGGAUGGUUUGUUGGAGAAGACUUCUAAGUUUCCAUUCUCAGGGAAUGCAAAUAGAGAUGAUGAGUCUGAUAACAAAACGGGCGAAUUUGAAUCAAAUAAGCAGGACCAAAUACAGUUAAGAGUUCCUCGGAGUCAUUCAUUGUCUACAUUACAGCAGUUAAGUGGUGCUGAAUCAAAUGGAGGAACUGCGGAGUCUCCUAGGAAAGAACCGUUGGCUAGGCAAUCACCACCGGUUGAGGAUCGUCAGAGAAAGACACAAGUGUAUGGAGGAGGAUCUGAACAGAUGAAAAGAAGAGAGCAUGGUAGAAGGGCUGAAGUUGGUUCUGCUGAUGUAAAUAAAAAGCCACCUGCAGCCGUUAAUAGUGUGUCAGAUAUUUCCGAGAGUGAUACUUUGAGCCAAAUGGCCCCAGCAGAGCAAGUUCAAAGGGCUAGAGCGUCUAAGGGAAGCCAAGAGCUGAAUGAUGAAUUGAAAGUGAAAGCAAAUGAGCUUGAAAAGCUAUUUGCUGAACACAUGCUCCGUGUGCCGGCUGGGGAUCAAUCCAGUUCUGCCCGUAGAGGUAAGCCCGGAAAGCCAAGUGAACAGACUAGAAGACCUGUAGCAGAGGAUCUAUCUUCUGCAAAUCACAAGACCCCAACAACAACGCCAACUUUAAACUCAAAUGAUGAAGACAGGUUCAAAACUCCGCCAACAAUGAAGGUGGUGGUUUCUAACAAUGACUAUGGAGAUACCACAAGGCAGAAACUUUCAGAAAUCAGCUUUUCAGAUAACUCUAGAGGGAAGUCGUAUGAGAAAUAUAUGCAGAAGAGAGACGUGAAGCUGAAGGAAGACUGGAGUUCAAGAAGGACCGAGAAGGAAGCCAAGUUGAAGGUGAUGCAAGACAUGCUUGAUCGCAGUAACGCUGAGAUGAAAACCAAAAUUUCUCAGUCUUCGGCAAGACGUGACUCAGAUGCCAGACGUGCAGAGAAGCUUGUAUACUUCAAUUCUAGGCUGAGUGCUAAAAAGGAUCAGCAUCCAAUUAGCUCAUUCCAAAGUGAAGAAGAUGAAGAUGUUACCAGGAGCACCCAGAAUAAGAAGCCACAACAAAACAAAAACAGUUCCUUGACUGCUCGAACCACUGCUACAUCAGCUUCACGCUCUGCAGCGAAAGUUUCUACACCCGGUGCUGUUAGGCGGAGAGGACAAGAAAAACUUCUUGCACAGUCAGUCCCUAAUUUCGCCGAAUUCAAGAAGGAAGGCAUGAAGGGAGUUGGAAAAAAUGGUGUCCGCUCACAGGUGAGAAGCUCUGUCCGACCAAAGGCUGUAACUGAAGAAGAGAAGCCGCGAAGACCGACGAGUAUCAGGAAAGUUGCUGCUGAAGCUGCAGAGUUGGCAGAUGUUUCUCAGUUAAAGUCAGAGGAAAUUGUCAUCAGCUCUGAUGAUGUGCAGCUUAAGGCUUCAGAAGGAUCGGAUGCAUCAGGGGAAAUGGAUAAGGAGGAGAUGGAAGAAGUGUUUGACGACACAGAAGAAGCUUUUACGGACGCAGAAAACGACAAGUCAAGACUUAGUCAAGAGUUUGAAGAAUGGGAUGGUAACGAGGUUGCAAAUGGUGAAUCCGUUACUCAGCUUGACACUGGUUCAAACGCUGAGUUACCUACUGCUGCUAUAGCUUCCAGGCAUCAUCAAACCAUCGGUUCAUUCCUGGAUUCACGAGGAGCAUCUGAACUGGAUGCUACAGUGGACUCUCCUGCUUUCUGGAACUUGUCUUCCCUUAACCAACCAGAGAAUAAUGAGAUAAGUCAGAUGAGGAAGAAAUGGGGAGCUGCUCAGAAACGGCUUGGCGCUGGUAGUAAUCAAUCUCAAAGCCAGUGCCAGCAGGAUGUGACUAAAGGGUUGAAAAGGCUGUUGAAUUUUGGAAGGAAGAACCGUGCGGCUGAGAAUUUGGCUGACUGGAUCUCUGCUACAACCUCUGAAGGGGAUGAUGAUACUGAAGACGGACGAGAUCUUGCAAAUCGAUCAUCAGAAGACUUGAGGAAGUCGAGAAUGGGAUUUUUACAGACACAGGCCUCUGAUGAUAGUUUCAACGAGAGUGAGCUAUACAAUGAACAAGCCCAAAACACUAGUGCACCAUUAAGCUUUAAACUGAAGGAGGAUCAGGUGUCAGGAGCUUCUGUAAAAGCACCAAGGUCAUUCUUUUCACUCUCCAAUUUUCGUAGCAAAGGAAAAUGAUUCAAAACCAAAGAUUCAUAGGAUCUAAGCGAAUGAAAGAUAAAAAGAAAAAGAUUUCACAUCACAGACAGUGGCCACACGAGUGAAAUGAUCUUGAGAUAUUACGUGCUGUGAAUGUAUCAUUGAGAAUAGUUUCUCUUGUAUUCAUAAUCAUCCCCUGUUUACUCUGAUAGUUGGUUGAGCCUACAUUUGUAAAUUUGUAUCAAACCGGAAACAUAUGUCCUUAUCGGUUUGGUAUCCAUGUGAUUUUUGGUAGAACAAAACAAAAGGAUGGCAAUGUUUAUUUAACAAGUUUAUAUACUGUUGAAAGAUCA